CGCUCCACUACAACAUGGCCUCGAUCUUUUCUUCGCUCUUCCGUCGAGCACCACAAGCUCCCGCGAACGCCAUCGUAUUUCCGUUUACGAUCGAAGCCAACCCGUACCGAUGCAAGCGUAUAUGGCCGCCCGAAUUCGAGAACCUGUCCGAGAAGCACAAAUUCCGACUAGAAAGACGGUACCGGCGUCGCGCGAAGCUCAAGUGGGCCAGACCAAACUGGACAAAAGGCGUGAAGCUGGCGACCUGGGCGAGCAUUACGUUUGUGAUUGUGUAUGGAGUGUUGUUCAUGGAGACGGAUGAGGGAACACCAUUCGAUGGAAUACGAAGAGCAUAUGCAGAGCAAGUGAGCGCGAUGAACGAGUCGAGAGAGGACACGAAAGCAGAUAAUUCCAGCCCCGUUGCACUGAAGCAGCCAUCCUGAACCAAUCUGUCAAGAGGCGCCAAUGCCUGAUGCUCCAAAGCCUCCAUCAUCUCAACGGCUGUUCCUCGAGACGAAAUACGGUUGCGAGGUCGUCUUCGAGUCGCAACGUUUGACGACACUUCACGUCAAGAUGACUUUGUGAACCCAUACGACCCGCACCGCGAGCACCUCCAAGCUCGCUGCACGAGGACCGGAUCAGGCUGGUGAUUUCAUGGGCCCCCUUAGCCUCGUGUUGCAAUACCGCAGCAAGCUCCUGCUCGAAGCUAUGCUUGGUCUAUCUAUCACUGGAUCGAAGAGUACAGAGGUGUCGAUGAAGACAUGAGCCGAACCUACGAUGGCAGAUGUGGGAAUGUUGGGUGUACGGCGCACGGCAGAUCUGGAGGAAAUAAUUACGGUAUUCUGCAACGCUUGCUUCAGCCAUGUCGUUGUAAGCCCGCCAGUUGUGCGAAGGGAUCAGAUACAACUUUGGAGUGGGAGGUCUGGCUCGAUCAGCACCAGCGAG